AUGGCUUCCGCAGCUCCCACGUCCAAGCAGCUCCAGUCGUCCCUAUCCACGCUCAUUAGCAAUUACCAGAGCACAGUGCCUGCGCGCGUCAAGCUCAUCGACUGCUUCCUCCUCUUCCUCAUCAUCUCGGGCGUUACGCAGUUUGCCUACCGCCUUCUCGUCACUUCGCACCCCUACGGCGCUUUUGUCGGCGGAUUCGGGUCAACCGUCGGCCAGUUCUGUCUCCUCGCCGGCUUGCGCGCCCAGGUCGCGCCGGGGCGUGACGCCGAGUUCAAGGCCGUGUCCCAAGAGCGCGCCUUUGCCGACUUUACUGCUGCGUCGAUCGCGCUGCACCUGUUCUGCUUCAACUUCUUGGGAUGA